AUGGAUUUUGAAGUUUUUGACAUAUCUAAAAUUGCCGCUAUCAACAAAAUUUCACCAGUUAUUUCACCCUUGAAUAACAACAAUAAUAAUAACAUAAAAGUUGAUAAUAUCUCUAAAAACUCUUCUUCAUCUAAAAAUAGGUCAAAACUUUUGGACACUAAUGAAUAUUUUGAAGAUAAUGAUAUGAAAGAAGAUUUGAAAGAUUUUACUGUUAUUACCAAAGCUACCCCCUUUGCAAUUGCUAAUAGUAUCAAGUUUACUUCAAAGAAAAGAAUAACAGCAAAAUCAUCCUUGCUAUCAACAAUAUUUUCGCUCAAAAUAAUGACUUUAAAGGAAUAUUUGUCUGUCGCAUAA